AUGCUCGGCAUCAACUUUUCCAGCCUAAAUUCUAUGUUGUGCAUAAUGCUUGCCAUGUCGCAGCAACCAGGCCUCACAUCCGCCUCGCCGGUUGUAACCGCAUCGCUUGCCGCCAGAGCGUCCGAAGGCGCUCCGAAAGCCCUGCCAAAGAACGCAGACAAGCGCUACCUCGCCUUUCAGCCGUCUUUGGACUUUAAAACCGACGGCUGCUACAACUGGCCGGCGAUCGACAAGAAGGGCGUCUUGAGCGCCGGCCUCCCGGCUGGAGAGGGCUCGCCUAGCGGACAGUGCCGGCUCGCCUCGGACCUCGACAAUAACAAUGUAUACGCUCGUCGCCGCUGCAACCGCGGCUGGUGCGCCUACAUGUACGCCUAUUACUUCCCCAAAGACGCCGCCCACGUUAUCGGCUCCAUUGGUCACAGACACGACUGGGAACACGUCAUCGUUUGGACCAAGUCGGACGUCGGCGCGGGCGGAGUGUAUGAGAACGAGCAGGUCAAAUAUGUGGCGGCCUCGGCGCACGGCGGUUACGAUGUGAGAGCCGUCAGCGACGUGCGCAUGGACGGGACGCACCCCAAAAUUGUUUAUUGGCAGAGCCUUUUCAACACGCAUUCGUUCCGCUUUGCCAGACCAACCGACGAGAAACUUCAAAACCAUAAAAAGGUCUGGUUCCGCGGUGAUCUCGUUUCGUGGGACGGAUUUCCCAGUGGCGUGCGCAACAAGCUGCUCAACGCAAACUUUGGAAGCGCCCACCUUGCGCUCAAGGACGAAGAUUUCGCCGGCGACUUGAUUGAAACCAUGAACAUGAAGAAGUUGAAAAAUGGUCCCAAAAAGGGCGAGUUUGACUGCGCUUUUGACGAGCAGCCGGCUACCGGUGGCAAGUAG